UCUUUCUUUCCUCCCUCGUGUCCUCGCGUGAACGUAACGUUCUAAAUCUCAGUGUCGCGAGACUUGUGUUUUUGAGAAAUAGAAACAAAUUAGCGAACGAUUGUGUGGAGCGCUAUAAUGCUACUUAAUUCUGAGCGAAACUCAGAUUUCAGCGCUAAAACGCUAAAACUAACCUGUCAAAUGUGACGGAAAAACCGAGACUUUCUUGUAUUUACGAUUAAAAGUUACGAACUUAUUUUUUUAUUCGCAUCGAUCGUCGAAUAUGGUGAGAGCCGAAAAAAGAGAUAUCAAAUUGUUGUUGCAUUUAAAGAGAAGCAGAUUAUACAUGUGUAAGAUCGGCUAGAGAACUCGCGCCAAGAGGUUACCGAAUAUAUUUUUUGUCAUACCGGUCCGUGGGUUAUAAAUCGAAUUUGUCGAAAUCGAGAGUCGUAACAGAAAACGAGUUUAAAAAAAUCACACACACACACACACACACAGUUAUCCUCUCUCGCGCAAUGAUCGUUGUAAUACAUCCGUGUAAUGCAUUCGGAGAAAUGUAAUAAGCGCGCUGAGAGUUGCGCUUUUGCGAAACGUGUCAUGGAAAAAUUCGAAAAUAUCGAAAGAAAAUGUUCGCCCUCGAACCUUUUCGCCGUACGAGCGCACACACGCGAGAAUAGAUUUUCAUCGGACACGGCGCAACAUCGACCGCGUAAAUCUCCGCGUAAGAAGCUCAAAGCGAGUCGAACGUCGGCGUCGCUCGUGAUCGAACAGCUGAAGAGCGGUUUUCGGCGUUCGGGUGAUUUCGCGCAGCGAACACGUCGAAAUUGGCGUCCGGAAUUCUGGAUAAGAUAUCUUUGGGAUAAUUGUCGCGAGAAAGAAUCGUCCGCAGCGAAUCGCCAACGCGACGAAAUCGUCAAAAAUCGAUCCAGAAAUCUCAUUCCGCAAUCGCCCAAGAUCUGUUCCAUCGGUUUGCGUUUCGGCGCGAGAAGUCUGAGCGACGACUUGUCGAACUUCUCGAGCUACAACAUGAUAAGGAACUUGAAAAAACGUCUGAACAACGUUCGCAGGCCGAUAUUUACGUGCAAAUAUUGGUUCGCGCAAGCAACAUCGAGAAGCACAUCGACGGACGUGUUUCUCAGAGCGCACAAAAGUCACCAAUCAACGCCGAUCAGUCGUACAUCUUUGAACAAAGAAUCAAACGUCUUUAAACGCAAUGAGAUUCCAAACGUUAUCGAUCGAUUAUGUCAACAUUCUGAGAAAGAAGAUGCGUCAAAGUCUCCGCAAGACAAUUACGCAGCUGGAGAUCGUCCCUUAGUACCCAACCUCUUUGACAAUUCCUCUGGACCCGGCAGAGACGACGGGUUCCGUGUGAAAAAAAAGGACGCGCAAAUUCAAACGUCGAGCAAAAAAAAACACACGCGACGAAAGAAAACGAAGAAAAGACCGAAGCUGAUGAAUGAAGAAGAAAACGACUCGUAUUUUGAUGUCGACUGUUGCGACUCGAGCGAGAUAAAUGAGAAGUCUAGACUGUCCGUUCGAGUUUUGCAGAAAAAACGUGGCGAGUACGUUGACAAAUUUACAGCCGUGAGUCGGCAGAUCGAGGAGAUAACGGCUGCGCUACGGGAAACUUGCUGCAGCGAGACGGAUUCGGAGAACAAUGACGAAUUUUACUGUUCGUUCGACAAAGCGAAACCAGAAAAGAAACGAGAACCGGAGAAUUGCGCAAAUAGGAUCGUUGCGAAACGAGGUACGCGCGUGAAGAGAAAGACGCGCGAUUUAACAGUAAAUGUGACGAAAGUCGCUGAAAAAUCCGCUCGACAUGUGAACAGAAAACACAGAAGUACAGAUUUGUCGAUGAAUUCCGACAGAAACGACGAUGUCGUUCCGCGCGAUUGCGCGUUCACAAUACAACAGAAGACAGUUCGGUGUUCAGGUAGAACACCCGGGAACACUCAGAACUGUCGUUUGGUCAGACAGAUCUCGUUCGAUCUGGAUUUAACGAAGGACGACGUUCGAGAAUUUUCUCUCGAGGACGAUACAAUCUGUUUGGGAGACUAUUUCGCGAUGUCGAACGGUUAUGCGAAAGAUUCGCUCGUCCGAAGCUUCGCCGUUGAGUCGAAACAAUACAAGAUCGUCAAGGAGAAGACGGGCGAGACGAUUAUUCUGAACGACAUCAAGCGAAGAAUCGAUCGAGAUUUCGACGAUCUGGCCGAGAGGAGCGGGAACGACACGACGGAGGAAUUUCUCACGACCGUUUCUCCGAAAACAAAAAGUGACAAUUCCGCUCGCUCGUUUUUUAAAUUGACUCCUCCGUCCGGCGACGCGAGUCGGAAGAGAACGAUCGACAAAAUCAGAUCCGUGCCGUUGCUCCCGGCGUCAUACGAUUAUUCAACGGAUCGGUCACACAUUCGCGAUUCGAAAUCGCACGGUUGUGCGAGCGAGCACGAGUCGAACAAAACUUCCACUCUGUCGAAGUACUUCUCGUGCGCGCAAUUGUCGUUGAGCUUGGUCUCCUUAGACGGUAACGAACACGCGAACCCGAUUGCAAUUAACGAUUCGUAUUCAAGUUCGAACUCCAAUCGCUACGAUUUAGACUUGAACGUCGAACGCUCGAAUUUGAAUUCGACCACCGAUUCGGAAUACGUCGCGCGAUACGACACGGCCAGACAAUAUAAUUCCUCGAGCGAAUUUCCGAUCGAAACGAUAAACAAAACAAACGACGAGGUACCCGUCGAGGACCGACGGGUUUUCGUGAAAAAUCCGACGACUCGCGAGCAUUUUUUUCUCGGGGAGAGAAAAGAGGGAGAUAACUCGCGCGUCGAACGCGACGAACGGCACGCGUCCGAUUUCAUCACGUUCGAGACGCCGAAGCGCAACGUCGGAGGUUCGAUAGAUUCGGGCGUGUUUAGCUCGUCCCUGAUCGAUCUUUACCCUCCCGAGAGCUCCUCUUUCAGCGCCGGCAAAUCGGAGCUUAAGAAGAAACGCUGCAACGACGACAGAAAACUCGUCGCCGGCAAAUCGUCCUCGCUUAUUUUCGAUUUCAGUUCGGAUAGCAGUUGUACCGACAACACGCUCGAUCGUCGAGUGGAUGACGUCGUGCGGGAUCUCACGAAGAAUCUGAUACUUUGCGAGAGAAGGGCCAGAGCGAAGCUGAAGGAGAUGCGAUGGGCGGGAAUGAGAAAGGAUCCGCGUUGUUCUCGACACACGCGCGUUUGCAAGUUUGCAAGCAGACGUUUUCACGACACUAGCCACGAUUCUUUCAUCUCGUCGCGACGAUCCAGCGAGGACGAGGAGAUCGUCAGCUUGUCCACGCCGUCGCUCUUGUCGGAUUCCGAAAACGAGAAUCGCGAUUUCACGCGUCGACACUGAUGACCGUUUCAUUUUGUGAAUUACUUUUAAG